ACACACACGCACACACACAGUCUGCACCGUUACAGAGAGAGAAUGGAUGUCUGUGGGAGCUGCUGCUGGAUUUUGGGUCUGCUGGGUCUGUGCUCGGUUAUCGGGCAGAGUUCAGGAAUCACCCGAACUUUCUACAUCGCCGCCCGGGAGGAGGAGUGGGAUUACUGCCCGGGGGGAGUGAACCGGGUCAGCGGCAGCCCUGCAGCAUCGGACCAGCGUGCAUCCCUGUUCCUGCAGCAAGGGCCCCAUCGGAUUGGCCACAUAUAUAAAAAAGCUGUGUUCAGGCAGUACACAGAUGGGUCCUACACCCAGGAAGUCCCUAAACCUGUCUGGCUGGGCUAUCUGGGGCCUGUGCUCAGGGCUGAGGUUGGAGACGUUAUGGAGAUCCAUAUGAAGAACUUUGCAUUCAGAAGCUAUUCCAUGCACCCUCAUGGUGUCUUCUAUGAGAAGAACUCAGAGGGUGCUUUGUAUCCAGAUAAAACCUCUGGAGCACUGAAGCUGGAUGAUGGUGUUCCACCGAAUGGUACACACACCUAUAAAUGGACGGUGAAACCAGAAUACGCCCCCACUGAGGGGGAUUCCAACUGCCUGACUUGGGCUUAUCACUCACACGUACUUGCCUCUAAAGACAUCUCCUCUGGACUCAUCGGAGCCCUGCUGACCUGCAAGAAAGGAAGCCUAAAGUCUGUUUCUGGAGCAGGGAAUAACUACUCUCAAGUACAAAGAACAGAUGUGGAUCAGGACUUCCUCCUAAUGUUUAGUGUGGUGGAUGAGAAUCUCAGCUGGUACUUAGAGGAGAACAUCCACACUUUCUGCUCUGACCCUGCUGGCGUGGACGCAGAGGAUCCAGACUUCCAGCAUUCUAACAAAAUGAAUGCGAUCAAUGGAUAUGUAUAUGGAACCCUCCCUGGAAUUAAGUUGUGCCAGAACAGAACCGUGGCUUGGCAUCUCGUGGGCAUGGGAAACGAGGUGGACGUCCACUCAGCAUUUUUCCACGGCCACACGCUGCUCAUGCACGGUCACCGCGUCGACACCGUCAGCCUGUUUCCUGCCACUUUUCUCACUACAGAAAUGACCCCCUAUACCGCAGGAACAUGGCUUCUCAACUGCCAGGUCAACACCCAUAUACAAGAUGGCAUGCAGGCACUGUUUCGUGUUUCACCCUGUGGACUGCAGGGAGACUCCAUGGCGUCUCUGAACGGAACAGUGAGGGAGUAUUUCAUAGCUGCUGAGACGGUUAAGUGGAAGUAUGCCCCAACAGGAACGGACACUCUGACCAAUGUUUCACUGACUGAUAGACAAAGCCCCUCAGAGGUAUUUUUCGGGACGGGUGGUGGUCGUCUCGGUGGGGAGUAUAUGAAGGUGGUAUUCAGAGCUUACAGCGAUCACACAUUCACCAAUCCAGUGCCAAACACCGGAAGAGACACACACCUCGGCAUUCUGGGUCCUGUACUUCGUGCUGAGGUCGGGGAUAUUCUGCUGGUCACUUUUCUAAACAAUGCUGACAGGAGUUAUAGCAUCCAGCCCCACGGCCUCCAGUACAUGAAAGAAUUUGAGGGAGCCCAGUAUGAGAACGGCACAGAGAAGAACGGCUCUCACGUGCAGCCAGGAAAAUCCUUCACCUACAGGUGGCAGGUGAUGGAGGGGCCGUCUGAGAGUGACCCGCCCUGUAUCUCCUACCUGUACUUCUCCUCCAGUGACUCUAUCAGAGAUACUAACUCUGGCCUCAUCGGCCCCCUGCUGGUGUGUAAAAGAGGAGCUCUGAGCCCCAACAACACCCAGAGAGAUGUGGACCACGAGUUUUUCCUGCUUUUCUCUAUAUUGGAUGAAAACCUGAGCUGGUAUCUGGAGAAGAACAUACAGACAUAUGGAACGAAUGAGUCCAACCAAGAGGAUGAAGCCUUUAUGGAGAGCAAUAAGAUGCAUGCGGUGAAUGGCUACGUGUACGGGAACCUACCGGGGCUGGAGAUGUGUGAGGGUGACCGGAUCAGAUGGCACCUGCUGGGGCUCGGCACAGAGGUCGACGUGCAUGCAGUUCACUUCCAGGGCAACACCUUCAACAGAGAGGGCACCACACGGGACACACUCACCCUGUUCCCACACACCUCUCUGAGUGUGUUCAUGCAGCCAGACACAACCGGGCAGUUUGAGGUGAGCUGUCGGGUGAGUGAACACUACACAGGAGGGAUGAGGCUGCAGUACAGUGUGAGGAGCUGUAAGGAGAGCGUGUCUGCUCCAGCCGCUGUUCCUACAGUGCACUAUUUCAUCGCUGCAGAGGAACAGGAGUGGGAUUACUCACCUCAGCGCACCUGGGAGCUUCAGAACUUCAACACCACUGAACAGGACAGUCCAGGAAGUAUAUUUGUGGGGACGGGUGAUAACAGACUCGGCUCCAAAUAUAAGAAAGUGAUUUACAGGGAGUACACUGAUUCCACCUUCCAGACCAGGAAACAGCGAGAGCCUGCAGAGAAAUAUCUGGAAAUAUUGGGGCCAAUAAUCAGGGCAGAAGUUGGGGAUGUUCUGGAGAUAACAUUUAUGAAUAAAGCGAGUCGGCCAUACUCUAUACAGCCUCAUGGAGUAAAAACCUCUCCCCUACAUUCACAGCCUGUCCCACCUGGGAACAUCACCAGGCACCAGUGGAUCGUUCCAGAGAGGUCUGGCCCGGGCAUCUCUGACCCAAACUGCAUCUCGUUUGCAUAUUACUCUUCUGUAGACUUCAUUAAGGACACAAUUAGUGGGCUAAUUGGGCCACUAGUGAUCUGCAGGAAAGGAACACUGGGUCCAGACAGACAGAGGCUGGAUGUGGAUCGGGAGUUCGCUCUCCUCUUCUUUAUCUUUGAUGAGAAUAAGUCGUGGUAUCUGGAAGAAAAUAUUAAAACCUACUACACAGGCGCAAAACCUUUAAUUAGAGACGGAGACUUUCAGGAGAGCAACAAAAUGCACGCAAUCAAUGGCAAGCUAUAUGGCAAUCUUAAUGGACUGGAGAUGCAGAAAGGGGAGCGGGUGAACUGGUAUCUGCUGGGGAUGGGCAGUGAGGUGGAUAUGCACACUGUCCACCUGCAUGGCCAGACCUUUAUUUACAAGACAGACCUGAGCCAUCGAGCAGAUGUGUUCGACCUGUUCCCGAGCUCGUUUCAGACGGUGGAGAUGCUGGCAGACAGUGAGGGGACGUGGCUGUUACAUUGUCACGUUGCAGACCACAUCGAAGCAGGCAUGGAGACCACCUAUACCAUCCAGCCGCGUGCAGGUGGCAUUAGUGUGGGUCAGCACCUGAGCAGCAUCACGUGGAUCCUGGCUUUUAUAUCCACUGUUGGACUACUAUGAUAUGGGAUGAAGAAUGAAGCUUUAGAGUUCACUAUUUUCUUUUUUUAUUAGUAGCUGUGUUUUAAUUGCAUAAGAUGUAAAAUAAUGCAGAGUACAUUUAAAUAUUAAUGUUGGGUAUGUUUUAUAGAGUUUUUAGAUAGCAUUUUAUACUAUGUUUUCAGUGCGAGUCUUUAGUCACGUGUUAAAGAUCUGAUUAAUAGUUUUGCACUUGUUUCAAGUGUUUCAAUGCAGUCUUUUUUCUAAGGAUUUCCUUUAGGGUUAAUUAAGUUCUUUAAUGUAUCUAUCAAAACAGAAUGGAUAAAUUUAUUGGCAUACCUUUUUAUUCAGCGUUUUUUUUUUUAAUCAAGAAUAUUAAAAAGAGUUCAUCCUGAUUUUGUUUGAAUUAAUGUUUCUAUUGUAUUUAAGGCUAAACAUUGCACUAGAUUUAUGUGCAUUGCUGUGAAGAUUUGAUUGCAUUCAGUGAUUGCAUUGAUUGCAUUCAGCGUUGGUAAGGUGAGAAUGUUGGAUGUUUACCACUCCACCGCAUCCUUAAUUCCACAACUCAUCCUAAAAGUGCUGGAUGGAGAAACACCAUCAUUUCGAAGAACACAGUUCCACAGCUUAAUUCUAAGGGUCUUUAUACCCUAUUCACCCUAAUACCUAUUCUAUUGGCAA